AUGAAACCCUGGAUUGAAGCUCUAGAAUGGCUGGAUAGGCAGCAAAAUAGGUGGGUGGCCUAUCUGGCCUUUGGCACUGAAUGUGUGCUCACACCAGGCCAGAUAGAGGCAGUCGCACUUGGGGCUCGAGGCGGCUGGCGUCCGCUUUCUCUGGUUCAUACAAACACCUCGGCAAAGGGAGCUAGGGGCCGGAGAUGGGGUAAAGAAGAGGGGGACUGGUGUUGGCACCCACAAACGAAGGUCCUGGAGCACCCUGCGGUCGGGACGUUCUUCACGCAUGGAGGAGCAAGCUCGUUGGCUGAGGGGCUCGCCUCGGGGAGGGCGAAGGCUGGUGCUACUUUCGAUACAGUGCGAGCAAAAUCUCAAUGUACGCUUCGUGUCGGAGGACAAACUUGGAGAACAGAAGUAUCAGCACGGAUACUGUGUGAUGCGGUGUCGGAGGCAGAUGAUACCGAGACACGCAAUGCCAAGGACCUCCUCCACGCACAGGUCUUCAAGAACUUGGAGUUUAUCAGACUUGCAACCUCAUUGGCAAAAUCACAAGUUUAUCACACUUCGAAUAGUGUCGUUUCAAUACUGUAA